AUGAAAGUGUUAUAUAAAGAGGAGCCGGUCAGUCGUAGGGGACAGUUCAUCAACGUCUUCGUAACGAUAACACACGCACUCAACAUGAGAUUCCUGGUUGCUGCUUUGGUGUUCGUGGGAGUCGCUUACGGCGACGAAGAUGGUCAGUACCGUCCGGAAUCCGUCGGUUUCUACGAGUCUGGAAACGAAGACGGUCGUUACGUGCACGAUAAUUCCGGACAGUACGUGCCCGACGAUAGCGGUCUCUACGUUCCAGAUGAUAGUGGACGUUAUCUUGAUGAUGGUACAGGAAGAUACACGGGUACCAAUGACAGAUACAGGCAUGAAGGAGGUCUCAGGUUUAGACCCAACAGUGGUCAAAAUACUGCAUACAGGCUCCAAUCAAUCUUAUCUGCACAAACGUCACGCAACGAGCAGUUCGCCAGACCAAAUACGUUUGAGGCAAAAAAGUAUCAAUUGAAGACAAACAAUGAAGUUAAAAGGGCUUUUGGUAGCAAGUCUUCCUCCGCACCUAUAAAUCCGACCCGUCGGUAUCCUUCCGGUGGAUUUCCUGCUCCAGCCAAAUAUAAUCAAGGCCGAUUUGAUGAUGGUAGGUGGAGGAUCAUCAAGCAAAGUGGAAAUGUAGGCAACGAUGCUUAUCAAUGGGAAUACGAAACUGAAAAUGGUAUAAUUGCUGAGGAAAAUGGAAAAGUUGUGAACAAAGGAAACAAGGAUGCAGAGGCAAUGAGGGCUAAAGGAUAUUACAAAUACACAGGACCAGAUAAUAUUGUGUACACAGUAUCUUAUACAGCAGAUGAAAAUGGAUUCAUUGCAAAGGGAAAUCAUCUGCCAACUCCACCUCCAAUUCCAUCUGAAAUCAUCAAAGCUCUUGAACUUCAGAGAGCAGCCGGGAAAUUACAAUAA